AUGAUUACAAGCUCUUCGCUCAUCCAUGGUGGAGAUAUCAAUGAUGAUAAUAAUUUUGAAUCUUCAAUUGCUGCUGAAGGCUAUGUUAUAAAUAGCGUCUCAGCUCCUUUGCAAUUAUUUACGUUCGAACGGCGUUUACCGAACCAUGAUGACGUAUUGAUUCGCAUUUAUUAUUGUGGUAUUUGUCAUACUGAUAUUCAUCAAUGGCAAAAUAAUUGGGAACAUUCAAACUAUCCUCUAGUUGCUGGCCAUGAAAUUACUGGAGUUGUUGAACGUGUUGGUUCUAAUGUUAAACGGUUUCGUAUCGGUGAUCGUGUUGGUGUCGGUUUUAUUGUUGAUUCAUGUCUUAGCUGCAAGAAUUGUGAAAAUAAUCUUGAGCAACAUUGUCCUGAUGUUUCCUAUACCUGUAAUGGUACUGAACUUGAUAAAGUAACACCAACAUACGGCGGCUAUUCAAAUUUUAUUACUGUUAAAGAACAUUUUGUUUGUAAAAUUCCAAAAAACUUACCAUUAGACGCAGCUGCACCAUUACUCUGUGCUGGUAUCACAACUUACUCACCUUUACGUCAAUAUAAUGUUGGUAAAAAUACACGUCUAGGAGUUAUCGGACUUGGAGGACUUGGCCAUAUGGCUGUCAAAUUUGGUGUAGCCAUGGGNUGUAAAAUUCCAAAAAACUUACCAUUAGACGCAGCUGCACCAUUACUCUGUGCUGGUAUCACAACUUACUCACCUUUACGUCAAUAUAAUGUUGGUAAAAAUACACGUCUAGGAGUUAUCGGACUUGGAGGACUUGGCCAUAUGGCUGUCAAAUUUGGUGUAGCCAUGGGUGCACAUGUUACUGUUAUUUCAAGAUCAAGAUCGAAGUGCUUUGAUGCAGUUAAACUUGGUGCCAAAGCAUUUAUUUAUUCGAAAGAUGAAGAAAAACUAAAGUUAGCCGAUGAUUCUUUUGAUUUUAUUAUGGAUACUACUUCAGCCGCACAUAAUGUUGUUGCUAUGAUGAAUAUGUUAGCGUUUAAAGGAGUUUAUUGCAUGGUUGGCGCAUCACCAAAGUCAGUUGAAAUUGCACCAUUUCUUCUCAUAGCUAAGCGACCAAUUAUUACUGGUAGUUUGAUCGGUGGAAUGAAAGAAACUCAAGAAAUGCUUGAUUUUUGUAGUAAACAUGAAAUUACGUGCGAGAUUGAGAAGAUUGAAGCAACGCCGAAACAAAUUCAAAUGGCUUACGAUCGAAUAUUGAAAUCAAAAAUUAGAUUUCGUUUUGUACUCGAUAUUAUAAAUUCUUUUAAAUAG